AUGCCUUAUUCACCCCGUUCUGAUUCAAUAACACAUACAAAAUCAAUGCCGUCUCUCAGUCAGCCCUACGAAUAUCAACAUCACGGAACUGAUUAUGAUGCUGCCAUGAAUGUUGUAGAUGAUUACGAGUAUCACCCUUCUGAAGAUUAUGAAGCUGUUGUUAGAAAAACAAAGAAAUCUUCAUCAUCAUCGAGGAGAGAAUUUCAAAAUUAUGAUGGCUCUUAUUCACCAGCAUUGUCAUAUUCUUCAGUGAGCAGUGGACGUUCUUCAAAUAGUGGAAGGAGGAAAGAUGUUCUGGAAGAAUUAUCGGAAGAAGAUAUGAGAAGGAAAAUGUAUAAAAAGUAUAAGGAUAAGGGUGUGAUUGGACUUUUAAAAACUCAAUUGAGAAGCGUAAUUUAUGAUGACUUGACAAAGAGAGCACCAGCUAAGGAACCAAAUAUUUCAGUUUUUGGAUCUCGAUCGGAAAUUCAAAGAGCAUGUGAUGGAAUUGUUUUGGAUCACCUGAAAAAAAAUGGUUAUUCAUUCACCACGAGUAUCUUUACUUCCGAAGCCAACAUUAAAGAAGUACCCAAGAAUUCAGAAUAUGAUGUUUAUCAUUUAAUUGGACUUAAAAUGUAUAAUUUGGAUGUUGUCAAAGAUACAGACUCUCAUGAAUUGUUGGACUAUGAUCCAAAUAAUCAACUUACUAAACUUUUAUCAGAAAUGGUGUCUGGAGGAGAACUGAAAAAGACAAGUUUUUCUGAUAUUGGAUCUAAGGGAUCAAUGCCAGAAAUUUCAUAUCCAUCCUCUUUGAGGGAUGAUAAUCUUUAUGCUAAACUCUCCGAUUAUCCUGAGAUUUCUAUUCAUGAAAAAUUGAAUGAAAUAGACAAGUUGGGGUAUUCGUUCAGCAAAGAUUUUGGAGAUUUGAAAGAAAGCAAACAGCCAUCUCCUUCUUUGGGACAACCUACAAAGGAAAAAACAAAUGACUUUUUCGAGAGUUUAGGGCUUGGAUCAUUUUCAAAUAAUUACAUGAUGGAAGAUAUUAAACCAUCAUCUUACUAUGGUUUACCUAAUCCUGAACGUCAAACAACAUCCACCAACAACAACUACUCGAGUAGUAUUAAUUCUUUCAACACCAGAGGAGAUGAUUAUCAAUCAACAACAAAUCUACCUCCAAUAAGCUCCUCUAUCAGUGGAAUUCCAUCAACUAAAUCCCCUACUUCUAGAAACUCACCUCCAAAGAAGACUCUUGACGAGCCAUCGACUUUCACAACAUCCUACAAACCAAUUUCCCCUAAGAAUUAUCAAUAUGAUACCAAACCUUCAACCACCUCCUCAAUUGAUUUCACACAACAUCAUCCAACUCAGCAAAUUAAAGCACCACAACAACAGCAACCAGUUGAGGAGCAAACAACCAGAUUUAUUGGUUCUACCUCCCCUAGCAUUACUUCAACAAACAAUCCUCCUCCAACCAUUGAAGUUUCCACUCCCUCCACAUUUUCCUCUUCCUCUGUGUUUGAUAUGAAGAAUAACAAUUAUGAAACUGAGAGAAUAGUAGAAAAGCAACCUGAACCAAUUUAUCAAAAGCCUCCAUCCCCAAAGAAGACUAUUAUUGUUGAACAACCACCACAGCCAACAACAAUUGUAGAACAACCAACAACUCAAUUCGUGAGAGAAGUGGAAAAGAAGAUUGAAUCACCUCCUCGCCAAACAACAAUAAUCAAGGAAGAGCCACCAGCAAGAAUUGAGAAUAACCCAAUUCCCGAGCAAAAACCAUCUAGCAUUGAAGAGUAUAAACGUAUGUUACAACAACAAAGAGAGUCGGAUUCAAGAGCCUCUACAGUCACCACUUCAUCUUCUAACUAUGAAUCCGAGCAGAAUGAUGAACAAGCAACAGAGGAGGAAGAACACCAUCAACAAGAAGAGUAUCACCACGAUGACUCUUUCAAUCAUCACAACGAUGACCACUUACAUGCUCACAAUGACCACCAUUCCGAUGGAUGGAACAUAUCAGAUGCUUCUAUUAGUGGAGGAGGUUUCGAUGAUGAUGAUUUGGAUGUUGAGGAUGACCUCUUUGGACAGAAGGACUAUGAUGAUUUCUAA